UUCAAUUAAAGUACGUAUAAAGCGCGCAAAUGUACAAAAUAUAAAUAAAAAAAAAAUUCAAUUACUUCUCUUUUGCUUCUUGUGUUCGUCGAGAUUUGUAGCUGCAGUGUGAAGAUAAAAGUUAUUUCAAUAAAUAUUGAGCAAUUCAAAUUGUAUUAUUGGAAAUGUUUACGAGGUGCAUCUACAAUGUCUGUUUUGUCAUUCUGCUACUGCUCGUUGCUGCUUCGAAUGUCUUGGCACGUCCGCAGCGGUAUGCACAUAUUGCUGUUAUCGAAAAUGACGCAUACGAAGAGUCCUUGCCCAAUGCGCUGAGAAAUCCUUUCUACAAGACGCCACGCGUACGUGAAGUGCUAGCCAAGUCAAGUUGGUUCGGACCAGGCGAGGAACCGGUCUACGAACGGCAGGCGGAGAAAAUACCACGCGCGGAGAUCUACAAUGUGCUCGCGCAUGCUGGAUUCAUUAGUCGAAGAGGAAAAUUAAUUUGAUUUGCAGAAGAAAUACAUAGAUGUUUUUAAAGGGCCAGAGGAGCCUAUCUACAAACAUUUUUUUUUUUAAUAAUGUGAGAAAGAAGGAUCUAUAAAAAAUAAAUGCGGUCUUUUACUAAAAAGUUCAUUGCACCUACGUGAUUAUAGCAAAAGAAAACUAAAAGUACGUGGCUUGGGCUAUUACCGCUUCGAUUCUAGUAAUGCAUUUUAAGGUGCACCUCAACUUUUUUUUUUUUUAAAUGUCAGCUAGGCCACUCUGGCGCUCAAGGCCUCAGAUGUAGUUUAAAACAAAAUCACAUAAACCUAUUGAAUUCAUUUCAAAAUAGCACUUUUUAUUUGCUAUACACAUUUGAGGUUAUUGCAUCGGCGACGCACUACAUAUACAUACACUAGAUCGUAAUUAUGUAUGUAUGUAUGUAUGUGUGUACAUUUGAUUGCAUUAGCGGCUAUAGUUUUUAAAAACUAGUGCUGUUGUAAAAGUGCACCUUACAUUUUUAAAAGGAAAUUUUUUUGUAAAUAAUAUUUCAUUAACUGUUAUGCUACGAUACUCAUUUAUAUGUCUAGCUUAAGGGUGCAUUUGAAUUUAUGUAAAUUAAAAAUCGAAAAGAACACGAAUAUGUACGUAAUUACAUCAGAUUUAUUAAAAAUAUUUCAUUGCAGUCAUUAACUUUAAGUUUAAGUCCAGAUGUAAAUUAGCAAACGUUAUUUCUAUUGAAGCAAAAUUUAGCUGUACAUGAAGUAAACGUAAUGAAAACUGCAUUCGUAUGCAAUUCAUCAAAAAAA